CCGGUGCCGCCGCCAAAGCCCCGAGAAGGUCGAUGUGCCCGCCCUCGCCCACGCCCGACGGAGAGCAGGACGCCCCCCGCCUACGAGACCAUCUACUUUCAAGAGCCAAGAACAGAAACCCGGCAAUUGGUCGGAGUUCAACGACUUUCCAUUGCGACUUUGCACGUGAUUGGCCGCUGA